CAACGCUUAUCGCUUAUCGCCCGCAGCGCUUAUCGCCCUGAAAUGACGGCAGUUGCAUGAACUGCCAGCUCUUGGACUGCCAACUCUUCUUUCUGUCGCCAACCAAAACGUAUACCGUACCUACAACCUCAAACCGCUCCCACAACAGGCGUUCUACUACGUUCACACAAAGCUGCGUGGAGAUGUCUACACAAGAGGAGGCCCCGGCGGACAACCGAGAUGCACUGGAGGUACUCGAAGCGGAAGCCAAAGAAUGGGACAAAGUGCGUUUGCUUAAUCGCUCUCCCUCCACGACGACAGUCUGCUGACCCUACCAACAAGGAUGCCGAAAUCGACCGCAUUCUCAAGGCCUUCAGGCUCAACGCGUAAGCUCU